AUGCCUCUCCCAUGGAUUUCCCUAAUUUGGUUUGCGUAUCUAAUAGUGAUAACUGUUUUGAUUGUUGUUGCCUCGGUCUUUAUACAUGUAUAUCAGACACCUCGGGAUCGAUCCUCUUUUGUGACCUUUAUCUGCGUCUUUUCCAUUGCCGCUCUUCUUGCGACUGUAAUGUUACUACCAGUUGAUGUCGCUUUGGUUUCCUCAACGACAUCAUCCGCUCUGGGUCAGCGAAAAGAGUGGGCCACCCAAGAAGAGGUCGAUAAAAUCACCUACUCCUUAACAGUUGUCUAUUACUCGCUAUACUUCCUGGAUGCUCUGCUCUGCCUUGUUGGAAUUCCUUUUGCCUACUUCUGGCACGAGGAAUAUGAUGAAGUAGCCGUCGAGACGGGCGAUCAGACAGCCGGCAAGCGGUUUUGGGCUGCUGCCAAAUACACUCUGGCUUUCAUUGUAGUAGUCAUUGCGUUGGUUCUUGUCGGCUUCUUCGCUCCUAUGUUGGAGAGUCAACCUGGCCACGAUCUGGGGUAUUGGCGAGGAUUUUUGAUCGAGAACCGAGGUGAACAUGCCUUUACAUUUCUCCUUGGGUUCGUAACGACCAUUGGCUCUUGUCUAUAUGUCUUCUAUACACCUUCAGGGCUAGCAUUGCUUCCGGCGCUUCUUCUCAGAAAACCCUAUUCUUUCGCAAACCAAACAUUGGUAGGUUCUACAGCCAUGCAACUGGAUUUCAAUCGUGAACGUCAACGCCAAUUGGAAGGUCGCUGCGGGGGUAAUUCGGCGCUUCUAUCUCCAAAAGACCGAAGAGAAUUGGACACUUUGGUGCGGGAAGAGAGAACUCUCAUCCGCCGGCAGCGCUUGAUCGAAGAACGCCAAGAAGAAGACCAAAGCUGGCCAGUCACCGUUUACUCCAAACUGAAGACUAUCCUCCGUCCAUUCAGGCUUCUGGGCGGCUUCUGUCUAUUCCUCGUUGGGCUCUCGACGUGGAUCUCAUUGCUCAUGACCGUUAUUGAUAAGUUGAUAAAUUCGCCUUGCAAGCAUCACUGUGGUUAUGUAGUCAGCCGUACCAACUUCAACCCUAUCAGUUGGCUUCUUAUUCAGUCUUCCAGGGCUUUUCCAACUGACUAUAUCAUUUUUGCGCUUAUUGUCUUCUUAUUCUUUUGGGGCUCGGUUGUCGGCGUUGUCGCAGUGGGCAUUCGGUUUCUUUGGAUACGAAUUUUCCAAAUUAGGAAAGGUCACACGUCGCCCCAGGCCAUGUUGCUGGCGACAGCCAUGCUGACGUUGAUAACCCUGGGCUUGAAUUACUCGGUUGUCAUGAUGCUUGCACCCCAGUACGCAACAUUUGGACCGCAAACUUUCUGCGACUCAACCCCGAGGUCUUCAGAAGAGCAGCCGGAUUGCUCAAACCACAGGCAUUUAGUCAAGCCAUGUCCAGAGAAGGCAGAUAGCACAGCUGCAGAUAAGACCUGCACGCCCAGCGUCGCAAGCACCAUUUUAAAUCGGGUGGCGCUGAAUUUUCCACUUUUUGGUGCCUUGCUGUUUUGGGCACACUUUCUUUUCCUUGGUAUCUACUUAGUCAUCCUUGUGGCAUCUCUCGUCCGCUCGCCGAGACUCGACGAACGCCAGCUGGAUGAGGACGCCGAAGAGGCAGAGGAAGAAAGUCUGUUGGCAAGCACCGGAAGAAGUGGCAAUCCUACAUGA